AUGCUAGGCACACGAGCAGAGGCUGAAGGAAACCGUGUCAGAAUGGACCAGAGGAAGACCCAGGACUCGGCGGAGGUGGGGGCGGUGAACGGACUGGCCAAGAACUCUGAGUCUCCCCUGAUGCAGAGCUGGAGUCAGGAGAGGACCAGGAGUGUGGAGGAGAACCAGCAGAGCCUCCCCUCUCUGGCGGAGGCCUACAGCACCAUCUUGAGGGGGCUGGGGGAGGACCCGCUCCGACAGGGCCUCCUCAAGACCCCCUGGAGGGCCGCCACCGCCAUGCAGUUCUUCACCAAGGGCUACCAGGAGAACAUCAUGGACGUUCUGAACGACGCCAUCUUUGACGAGGACCACGACGAGAUGGUGAUCGUCAAAGACAUCGACAUGUUCUCCAUGUGUGAGCACCACCUAGUGCCCAUCUUUGGGAAGGUUCAUAUUGGAUACCUGCCUGACAAGAGAGUCCUUGGUCUGAGCAAGCUGGCCAGGAUUGUGGAGAUCUACAGUCGCCGAUUACAAGUGCAGGAGCGUCUGACGAAGCAGAUCGCCGUCGCCAUCACGGAGGCGCUGCAGCCGUCAGGAGUGGGCGUGGUCAUCGAGGCCACACACAUGUGUAUGGUGAUGCGCGGCGUUCAGAAGAUGAAUUCUAAGACCGUGACCAGCACCAUGCUCGGGGUCUUCAGGGAGGACCCCAAAACCAGAGACGAGUUCCUCACUCUGAUCCUCCUGGCGCAGUCCUGGCGCAGUCCUGGCGCAGUCCUGGCGCAGUCCUGGCGCAGUCCUGGCGCAGUCCUGGCGCAGUCCUGGCGCAGUCCUGGCGCAGUCCUGGCGCAGUCCUGGCGCAGUCCUGGCGCAGUCCUGGCGCAGUCCUGGCGCAGUCCUGGCGCAGUCCUGGCGCAGUCCUGGCGCAGUCCUGGCGCAGUCCUGGCGCAGUCCUGGCGCAGUCCUGGCGCAGUCCUGGCGCAGUCCUGGCGCAGUCCUGGCGCAGUCCUGGCGCAGUCCUGGCGCAGUCCUGGCGCAGUCCUGGCGCAGUCCUGGCGCAGUCCUGGCGCAGUCCUGGCGCAGUCCUGGCGCAGUCCUGGCGCAGUCCUGGCGCAGUCCUGGCGCAGUCCUGGCGCAGUCCUGGCGCAGUCCUGGCGCAGUCCUGGCGCAGUCCUGGCGCAGUCCUGGCGCAGUCCUGGCGCAGUCCUGGCGCACUUUUUCCCAGAGGAGGAGCUCGAGAAAGAGACACUGCUCCUUGUCCCAGAGGAGAAGCUCGAGAGAGAGACACUGCUCCUUGUCCCAGAGGAGAAGCUCGGGAGUGAGAUGCUGCUCCUAAACUCUAAAAGCUGA